AUGGACGGGCUUCUCAUCAAUUCUGAAGACAUCAUUACCCUCUCCACAAACCAACUUCUUGGCAAGUAUGGACGGCCCGGUUUUACUCGGUCGAUUCGAGCUCAGCUCAUGGGUGUUCCAGACUCAACAAACGGCGACGUGUUCCACGACUGGGCCAAGUUGCCCAUCUCCCGCGAGCAAUUCGCCCGUGAGUUGACUGAACAAUUCCGACUACAGUUUCCGAACUGCAGGCCACUUCCCGGAGCAGAGAAGCUCGUGACGAACCUCAGCCGUGCACGUAAUGUUUCUUCCGGAAACAGCGUCGAGCUGGCCCUGGCAUCCAGCACCAAAAGCCACAGCUACGACUUGAAAACAAGGGCACCGGAAACCAGACGGCUGCUUGGCUUCUUUCAGUCCGACAAGCGGGUUCUGGGCGACGAUGCACGAGUGCGGCAGGGUAGAGGGAAGCCGGCACCCGACAUAUACUUGGUCGCGCUGCAGUCGCUCAACUCAGCCGUGGGUGAUGGCGAAAAAGCCAUCAUGCCCAACGAAUGUUUGGUCUUUGAAGACAGCAUAGCUGGGGUAGAGGCUGGGAGGCGGGCUGGGAUGAGGGUUGUCUGGGUACCACAUCCAGAUGUGGCGGUCGAGUAUCAAGAAAGGCAGAAGAGCGUUCUGGCUGGGAGAACGGGCAUGUUUGGGGUAGGAGACGACUGGCAGCUUGGGGAUAUAGAUGACGGCUGGGCUGAAUGCAUACCUAGCCUAGAACACUUCGAUUACGACAAGUACGGCUUCAAUGUGCCGUCCUAA